AAUAUUUGCAGUCUGUCGAGAGCAUUGUAUUCCACACAUGAGCUACAAAAGAUUCGCAUGACAACAGAGUAUAAUUAAAACAUAUGUUGCUAAUUUGUUUACGGUGAUUUUUGGGGCAAACUAAAAUCUAGAACGUCAAUGAUAAGUUGCCAUAAAUAAGACGAUUAAGCAUUAACGAUGAAUGUUUAAACAAUCUUAAGUGACGGAAGAAUUUAAUCAAAAGAGGAAAACAAACUUGAAAGCAAACAUACAUAUGUUUCCAGAAAGAACGAAUUUAGUAGAAAGAAAUUUUCUAUGCAGAAUAUUCCGUCGAAUUUGACUUGAUUACAGAGAGUAGACUUCAGCGGCAGAUACGCUCAGGAUGAAAAGAAAACAUGGUCACAGCUUACAAUAAGGGUAAUAAAAACAUCAGGCGGCCUGGUUCUUUUUCAUAUAUAGCUUGAUUUUCGGAAAAUGGCGAAUGUACUUAGAAAUGUGGAACCUAGCCAAAAGAAAUUACAGUCGACAGAUGGACGAAAAAGUAUAAAAUCUUGCGUAAAAGAAAUUUUUAUUGACAGAAGAAUUUGGACCAAGGCGGAGACCAAAGCAUUUUUGAAUGCGUAUAUUUCUAGAAAGGAUGAAUUUCGGAAUGUGCGGCAAAAAAAAAUUGCUAUGCAAAAUGUUUUGUCUGAUUUAGAGAGACAAGGUGUUUUGUACCAGACUACAACGGUGGAUAUGCUCUCAUCAAAAUUUAGAAACUUGGUUAAAGCAUACAGGCAAAGCAUCGGGAAACGAAUGUUUGCUGUUCCUUGUAUAGCUCCGUUUAUGGAUUUGAUGGAUGAAAUAUUUUCAAAUAAUGCACGUGUAUCCGAAACCCGCUCCGUUAAGUCUGCACAACCGCCGAACAAUAAAAUCUUAUUAAAUGAAGUGGAUCAAACAAAUUUCCAUCUGGGAGCAGAAUCGGAAGAGACCCAUUCCGGAGAAAAGCAAAUUUUUAGUAACAGGAGAAUAUGGACCAACGAAGAGAUCGAAGCAUUUUUAAAUGCCUAUAUAUCCAGGAAGGAGGAAUUUCGAAAUAAACGUAAAAAGAAGUUUGCAAUGCAGAAUGUGCUACAUGACUUGGAAACACAAGGAGUUUUGAGCCAGCCUACAACGGUAAAAACACUGUCAACGAAGUUGAAAAAUUUGUUCAGAGCAUACAAGUAUGGUAUCGACAAUAACAGUCGGACAAAUUCUUCGUGUAAAACUCCGUACACAACUUGGAUGAAGGAAAUUUUUGCAGAUAAUCCAAAUAUUUCCAUAAACAUCCGUUGCAAUUCGUAUGAGCAAUCAUUAAACAAUACGUCCACAUCAACCGAGGAGCAGUUAUUACUCAACUGGGGUAGAAAUGUAGAGACAGACUAUCAAAAAUUUUCGCGACAGUCCGCUCUGUGCAAUCGGGAUGAAUAUGGAAGCGGACAAGGAAAUAUAACUUCCCCAAAACAAUUCGGCACAUGUUCUACACCAUUACCACGACAACAUCGGCCAGCGAUGGAGUCAAUGGAUAAACCACCCGAAAAAACGCAAAGUUUUAAUGACAAGAGAAUUUGGACUAAGAGGGAGACCAGAGCAUUUUUGAAGACAUAUAUUUCGAGAAAGAGAGAAUUCAGGAAAGUACGAAAAAAGAAGUUUGCUAUGCAGAAUGUAUUACAAGACUUGCAAAGAAAAGGCGUUUUGAGUCAGAACACAACGGUAGAUAUGCUCUCAACAAAAUUGAAAAACUUGGGGAGAGCAUAUAAGCAAGCUAUCGAAAAUAGCAAAGGAACGAACACUCCCGUGAUAGCUCCGUUUGGGAGUUUGAUGGAAGAAAUUUAUAAAGAUAACUCAAUCAAUUGCAAUAAUCACACAGUAUCCAAGAAACAGAAAACUAGUGUAAAAAAAUCACAAAAAGCUGAAAAUACAAAAGAUAAAUCAUUAUAUGCAAAAGAAAUUUUUGGCGGCAAGAGAAUCUGGACUAACGAAGAGACCGAGGCAUUUUUACAUGCCUACAUUUCAAGAAAGGAGGAAUUUCGGAAUGUGCGUAAAAAGAAAUUUGCUAUGCAGAAUGUUUUGUCCGAUUUGGAGAGUCAGGGUGUUUUGAGACACACUACAACAGUGGACAUGCUGUCAAUAAAAUUUAGAAACUUGGUUAAAGCAUACAGGAUAAGUAUUGGCAAUACCAAACGAAAAGCUGCCGUUCCCUGUGUAGCUCCGUUUACGGAUUUAAUGGAUGAAAUAUUUUCGAAUAAUGCUCGUAUAUCCAAAGCCAACUCCGAUAUGUAUGGGCAAUCGCCGGACAAUACGACCUCAUUAAAUAAAAUUAGCCAAACGUAUUGCCGUCUGGCGGCAGGAUCAGAAGAGAGACAUUCCCAAGAUAUGCAAAUAUUUAGUGACAAGCGAUUUUGGACAAUUGGUGAGACCGAGGCAUUCUUAUGCGCAUAUAUUUCUAGAAAGGAUGAGUUUCUGCAUGUGCGUAAAAAGAAGUUUGCAAUGCAGAAUGUGUUACUUGACUUGGAGAGCCAAGGAGUUUUGAGACAACCUACAACUGUACAUAUGCUCAAAACAAAAUUGAAAAAUUUAGCCAGAACUUAUAAGCAAAGCGUCGAGAAUAAAGGGUGUGACAGUGAUGGUGGUAGUGGAACAUGUGCUGAUUUGAUGGAGGAAGUAUUUGGAGGGAAUCAAAUUGCCACCAACGAACACAUUAUAUAUUUGUGUGGUCAACCAGUGAUCAAUACAUCUGAGGAGGAGUCAUAGGUCAAUUGUUCUACAUACUCCGUAAAAACAAUAACAGCAUAUAUAAUACCUAUAAUAUUAUAAAAAGAAAAAAUGAUUAGCUGAAGAAUUAGACAAAGUAACGCCCAAAACUAAAAAUUUCAAUAAUUUUUUUUAA